AUGUCCAGUGUGGAUACGACAUCUCCGAGUGGACUAAGCGAUCCUUCGGCCAUCAAGAGGACAACAGCCCGAAAGCACCCACCGAGACUCCAGCGGGCCUGCACUUGGACUUGGAAUUCAGAAGGCUGCACCCCAGCAGACCGCAGACGCCUGAGCAAAGGCAAUGCAGGUAGUCCCUGUGGAUGGCAACCUGGCCUGCGGCGUGGAAUGAUGAGCCCCAAACACCCACGGAAAGGGCAAAAGAGGAAACGCCAGAAAGAGUGGGGAACCGAUGAGCAGACUCAAGAGCCAGCCGAGCCUAGGAGGAGGGUGAAACAGCGACAGGGUGAUAUUAAGCUUGGGUGUGAAGAGCCCGGCAAGGGUCAGAUACGGAAACCCCAGGAAGAGGAUCCAUCACAGCUAAAGCCCCAAGAGUGCGCCAAAGACUCUCAGGAAGAGGCCCUGACUGAGCUGAAGUCUGUGGAUGGUGGUGGGAAGGGUCCCAAACGUUCCCACUGCAACACAGAGGAAGGUGUUCAGGAACACCACAAGUACCGAAGGUUGUUGGAACACCUUCAACCCCGUGAUCAUGUGAGCUCUGACCCUCACGGUGCUCACACGAGCCCUGUGGACACCUGGAGGAGUGAAAAGAGGUCUUCAGAGGAGAAAAUAAACAUUACAGAGGAGAUUGUUCCAACAAACCUCACCAGUGACAGUAGGGGACACCACCCCCAGCCCGACUCUCUGGGGGGAGCCCAGGUCCAAAUCUGCACAGACAGUGUCAGCAACCACAUUCUCAACAACAAAAUACCACUAGCUGAGGCCAAGGGGAAGGCUCUUGAAGAUCAAGAGAAGGGCAGAGGACUGGACCAUGGCCCCGAUGUCACAGCAGACAUGGAGGAGGAAAUCAGGAGUGCACUCGGCCCAGGGCCAGAAGAUGAGAUCUUGAGUUGUGCCUUCAAACUUCGAAUUACUCGAGGAGAUAUGAGAACACUAAAGGAGACCCAGUGGAUCAACGAUGAAGUCAUCAAUUUUUACAUGAACCUUCUCAUGGAGAGAAAUCAAAAUGAAGGCUACCCAUCAGUUCACGCAUUCAAUACCUUCUUUUACCCCAAAUUCAAGUGUGGGGGCUACAGGUCAGUCAAAAGAUGGACCCAGGCAGUAAACCUCUUCGCCAAGGAACUUAUUCUGGUGCCGAUUCACCUGGAUGUGCACUGGAGCCUAGUGGUAGUAGACCUAAGAAAAAAGCAUAUUGCCUACCUGGAUUCGAUGGGCCAGAAAAGACCAGAUGUCCUCAAGAUGAUUUUCCAGUACCUGCAGGAAGAGAGCAAAGCCCGAAGGAAUGUUGAUCUGAACCCUUUGGAGUGGAGGCAAUACAGCAUGCCAGCAGAGGAGAUUCCUCAGCAGCGGAAUGGGAGCGAUUGUGGAAUGUUUACCUGUAAAUAUGCAGAUUAUAUUUCCAGAGGCCAACCCCUCACCUUCUCUCAGCAGCACAUGCCUCUGUUCAGGAAGAAGAUGGUGUGGGAAAUCCUGCAUAAGCGCUUACUGUAG